AUGAAGUGCAGUGUCAUCUCUGAAUCAUGGUUCAAGCGCCGACCUAGAAUAUCUAUCGACCUCAGCGGCAAGAAGGAAGGCUCCGUCAGUUCGUAUACAACCUCAGAUAAGAUAGAAGGAACUGCAACGAUUAUUGCAGACCGGGAUACACCAUUCGAUCAUAUCAAAAUCACAUUCGAAGGAACCACCCGUGUAUAUAUUGAGAGACCAGCCUCCGUUCCUCGAGGCCGCUAUCUGGCCGCCUGGAACACUUUCCUUAGGUUGCAGCAUCAACCUGACACGAGCCUACAGCCGAACGAACGCGUGUUCAGAAAAGGCCAACCGGUCACCAUUCCCUUCACCUUUACUAUCCCAGAUCGCUUACCCCUCCAAAGUUGCGAGCAUCCGGUGGAUCAUGGUUACGUCCAUCAAAGGCAUACCCGGCUACCUCCAACGCUGGAGGAUACUAAAGCCGCCAGCAGUAGCAAAUCCACCAUCGAUAAUCUGAAUCCGAGGAUGUGUCGAAUUGAAUACUUCGUCAAAGUCGCGAUCCAGAGACACUCGGUAGUGGAGCCAUUGGCAGCCCGGAUAAGGAAAGUGCAUUUAGUGCCUGUCUACGACGAGGAGCUGCCCUUGGUUGUCUGUGUUGACAAGAGAGACUAUUGUUGGCGGAAAGAGGUAGAACUACGACGUGGCAUGCUGAGGGAUAGGAUGGGGCGGCUUCAAAUGGUUGCAUCGCAGCCCGGACCUAUACUUGUUACACCAGGCUGCAGGGUAUCUGAGCUUGUGAGUUCAGCGGCAACGGUGCAUAUUCGAUUCGAUCCAGUUGGAGAUGAGCCGCCACCGCUGCUGAAGUGCUUGCGGACCAAGCUCAAAGCGUCAACUUUUUAUGCCUCCUAUCCGUGGACUAAUAUCCCCUCUUAUUCCACCAUGUCAUGUCCUCACAUCGACGCCGGCCUCUUCGAAAGGACUAUACCAGUAUCAUCGCUCUGCAUCGCGUCCGUGGAAUGGGAAAAACAGGAAUUGGAUAGCAGCAGAAAUAUCAAUGACCCUACUCCCGUAUUGUGUCCCCGGAAGCCUAUGAUAAGAGAUUCCGCCGUUUAUUAUACAGCCUGUCUGACUGUCCCCAUCACACUCCCGCGAAACAAAAUGUUUAUACCAACAUUCCACUCGUGCUUUAUCUCCCGAACAUAUGCGCUCGAGAUUGAGCUUUUUUACAACACUACCUAUGCGUCUAUGCCGACGGCGAUUAGCCUCAAAGUACCGCUACAUAUCACAUCGUCACGGAGACCAGAAAAUCCAAAACAUGAUUCUUUCGAUCUUGCAAUUUCAUCAUUACCAGGAGAGUCAGCCGCGCAAGCGCCAGGGCUACCAAUGUUACCAGGAUAUAACUAA